AUGGCGCGAAAUGUCCACGAAAGCUGUAGAGAGGUGCCAUGCGGGAUGGCAGCGACUGAGGAGGGGCCUAAGGCCCUUACUGAGCUGCUGGAUGUCGCGCGCGGCUUGGAGAACGUGCCUGUGAGCGCGUGGCCCCCGGGGGCGGAGCCAGAGCCUUUCCAGUAUACUCCUGACCAUGUAGCUGGACCUGGAACAGACAUUGAUCCCACACAAAUAACCUUUCCCGGAUGCAUUUGCUUCAAAACCCCCUGCCUCCCUGGUACUUGCUCUUGUCUCCGUCAUGGGGAGAACUAUGAUGAUAAUUCACGCCUUAGAAAUAUAGGAUCGGAAGGAAAGUGUGCCAAGCCAGUAUUUGAAUGCAACGUCCUAUGCCAGUGCAGUGACCACUGCAGGAACAGGGUGGUCCAGCAGGGUCUGCAGUUCCAACUCCAGGUGUUCAAGACGGACAAAAAAGGCUGGGGACUUCGUACCUUGGAACUAAUACCAAAAGGACGGUUUGUCUGUGAAUAUGCUGGUGAAGUUUUGGGAUAUUCUGAAGUACAGAGAAGAAUUCAGUUACAAACAAUACACGAUCCAAAUUACAUUAUAGCCGUCAGAGAACAUGUUUACAAUGGGCAGGUCAUAGAAACAUUUGUUGAUCCCGCCUAUAUAGGAAAUAUUGGAAGAUUUCUCAACCAUUCUUGCGAGCCAAACCUGUUGAUGAUUCCUGUCCGAAUUGACUCAAUGGUACCAAAGUUAGCACUUUUUGCAGCCAAAGACGUUUUGCCCGAAGAAGAACUCUCUUACGACUAUUCAGGAAGAUUUCUUAAUCUAAUGGACAGUGAAGACAAAGAAAGGCUAGAUCCCGGGAAAAUAAGAAAACCUUGUUACUGCGGUGCCAAAUCAUGUGCUGCUUUCCUGCCUUAUGACAGUUCACUGUUCUGCCCCUUAGAAAAGCCAAACAUCAGUUAGGAGCAAAAAGCAUGGAUGUAUGCAUUACGGUUGCACAUGGGAACAGAAAUAUUUUGCAACAUUAAAUGAUUCAUAUUACUUUGAAACUUGCAGAUGUGUGGGUCUAGAAGUUUGAUAUUGGUUCUGCACAUUUCACACUAGUUGGUUCUCAUUACAUUAAGAAAUAGUUAAAAUGACAAUUUAAGUGCUAGCUGUUUAUUUAUGAAAUUCAAACAGGUUCUGCAAUAAUAGUUCAUUAAAUGAGAUCUCGUUACAGUGUUUGAAGAGGAUAAGUAAAUUUCAUGGUUUAUUUUCAACUCUGUCUUUGCAGAGUGAAGCUUUUUCAAAUUGAAAUUCAUUUAAAAAAACUACCAAAGAGCUAUACUGACUCAAGAAAGAUGGUCUCAUUUGGUAUCAUUUUUUUUUUAAGAUUUUAUUUAUUUAUUUUACAGAGAGAGAAAGAGCACAAGCAGGGGGAGCAGCUGAGGGAGAGGGAGAAGCAGGCUCCCCGCUGAGCAGGAAACCCGAGGCAGGGCUGGAUCCCAGGAACCCGGGAUUGUGACCUGAGCCAAAGGCAGACAUCCAACAGACUGAGCCACCCAGGGCCCCUGGUAUCAUUGUUAAGAGAACACCAACUAUGAAAAUCUCGCUUAUAACAACACAAUUUAUGAUUUUACUAAAAAGAAAAUUAAGAAAUCAGUUUUUUGAAAUAAAUAUGUAAUAAUUUAUGACUCAGGUCAUCAUUUUAUUAUCCAUCUAAACAUUGCCAGCUCGGGUGGAUGCCCAGGCAUGAACAAGGAUAAUUAAAUUUAGUCAUAUUUGAUAUUUUGCCAAUUUUCAGUCAUAUAAAAACACAACUUUAUACAUGCUUUCCAUUCUUGUGGUUAUGAAGAAAUUUUUGUCAAAGUAGGAAGAUAGCGUGUUUAUAACCUUUAACUCUCUCUGCAUGUUGCCUGUGGUUCUCCCACAAGCUGUCCUGGCCUUCACACUUAUAAGGAGGGAAGGAAGGAGCUUCCCUGGCAAGGCUCACAUGAAAUAAUGGCUGUAGAUAGGCUAUAAAGUACCAUAUAAUUUUAGAUACCAUUUCAGACUUAUUUCUGGGUUAAGAGUGUGCUAUAUGGAAAGAAAAGACAGCAUAUUAUUAUAGACAUCUUUGGUGACAUCAUCACUACAACAGUAGGUCUAUCUUGGUGGUAUAGGUUAUGGAACUAUUAGAAUAAACUCCCAAAGGAGGUCUGUUAAUCAUUUAAAUGAAAGGAUACCUGUCUUUGGUCAUUUAAGUAUAACUAAAAUUAUAAGAGAAAUCUGAAGUCAGAGUUCCCGUUUGCUUUAUAACUAGUAGGGAUUUCCCUGGGAUACUAAAAAUCCUCUCUACUCUUGUGUAUAUUGUUAUUUAGCAUUAGUUUUUGCCCCAUUGCCCAAAGCUACAAGUCAUCCUCCUUCUCCUCCGAACGGGUGAUCAACCACUAAAUCCUAUAAAUUCCCCAAACUACACAUGUCUAAAAUCUAUUUUACUCACCCUGUUACUGUUUUAUGCCAUGCAGCCCUCAUUUCUUCCCUGCAACAGCCUCUCUGCCUUCAGCCUCACCAUCCCCUCUGUGCAUUCUCCCCAGGUCUAAACCCUCCCAUGACUCCUCAUCACCCUCAGGAUGCAGCCCAACCUUCUCAACAUGACGAGAAGGCCCCUGACUGCCUUUCCACCUCAUCUCUCACUUUUCUUUAUUUCUCUGAGGUCCUCUUUGAAAAGCCAUGCCCUCUCAUCCUUCACCUUGA